GAAGAUGUUUUUCAAUACUUCAUUUCGAAAGUAGUCGAUUGCCUCGUAAUGUAUUCUGUGUUAGUGUUUUUGGCUGGAAUCGCCUGCGCUGUGGCAGGAUUGGGCGGCGGGAUUUUUGAAAUGUCGAAAGAAGAAAUUUCGAAAGCUCAAGAUUUGAUGACAGGAGUCGACAUGGCUGUUGAUCAGUUGAAUGAGAAGAACAAUAGACGCGAAAACAAAAUGAGACUUGUUGCAGAAUCUAUUGUGAGAGCGUCCAGACAAGUCGUUAGUGGUACGUUAUACAGAGUAGAAAUCAGAAUGGUCAGCUCUGUUUGUAAAAACACAGAUGCAAAUAGCAACAAAAAGAUCACUGACUGUCCUGCUGACAACAGUGGUGUAAGCCGACGAUGCAAGUUCACCAUUUGGUCACGACCGUGGGUAAACGAGAAAAAACAAAUUCUUAUCAGAGGUAUCCACUGCUCGCAGAAUUAAAUGUACACCUAACGAUGAAAGAUAAAGUAAUUUUGACAUGAAAUAUUAUGAUGAUAGAUUGUUUA